ACAGUGGUGCCAUUGUACUGCGCCGAGAUCAGCCCCGCGCACGUGCGCGGCGCGCUAAGUGCCGUGCAUCAGCUGUUCAUUGCUCUGGGCAUCGUCGUGAGCGCUCUCUUGAGCAUGCAGGUAGUCCUGGGGAGUGCGGCCAGAUGGCCGGUGUUGCUGGGUGUGUCGUCGUCGUGCGCUUUGCUGCAUCUCAUAGUCUUCUCCUUCUGCCCCGAGUCGCCGCGUUAUCUGUACUCGCGCGGGGUGGAGGUGAGCCUGGUAGGUUCUCUACAACGGCUUAGAGGCACCAACUUGGUGGAGGAUGAGUUGAAGGAUAUGCACACGGAGGUUGAGAGCGAGCGUAACCUGCAGGACCUGUCGUAUCGGGAGAUUCUGGGCGAUAAGACACUCAGAAGGCUGCUGUGGACGGGGGUUGCGCUGCAUCUUGGCCAACAGUUGUCGGGCAUGAACGCUAUUAUUGUCUACAGCGUUGACUUGUUCUCGUUUUCCAGUAUCCAGGGGCCGGAUACUGACCUGGCGAUAGUCGGUGGCGUCAACUUCCUGGUAACCCUGGGCGUGAGCAUAUGUCUUCUGGACAGGGUCGGUCGUAAGCCGUUGCUGGUGUAUGGCUACUUGGCCAUGUUUAUCCUGUUCCUAAUGCUGAGUGUCUCCUCCACAAUGGGUGUGUGGUUCCGGCACCCCUGGCGAAUUGUCAACCUAGUUAUAGUUGUCGGGUUCGUUGCGGCGUAUGCGAUUGGGCCUGGGCCUGGUACAUGGAUUGUACCGGUGGAGAUGUAUCCGCUCGCCGUACGCGCGAAAAUGCUGGGUGUAUGCGUCUGUGCGAACUGGGUGGGCCAGUUUUUGUGUCUCUUCGGGUUCCUGGUGCUCAAGCAGUACAUUGGACCGUUGACGCUCGUUGUCUACGCCAUCAUAAACCUGGUGUUAGCGUUGUUUUGUCACUUAUGCCUGAUAGAAACGAACAACAUCUCCAGUCGCGAAGUAUUAUCGCUUUGGGCGAGCGGCUCAUCCAAGUAUUCCAGCCAUAUCGAUGACCGCGACAGCAAGUCCCUCCUGUCUAAUGACGACGAGAACCCUUACGCGCUACACCAGACGUCCGCAGGCAGUUCAGUAGGCAUGGCACGCUACUCAUCAGUAUCACCCACAGCGUCGUUCUUCGACCAAGAGACGGGUGUGGGCGCCAGCUAUAGAGCACGGAGUACACACGAGCUGUUGGAGGAAAGCGAUGGCAUGCGCGUAAGAGAUCUGCAUGACGAGCAGGAGCGGGAGCUGGAGCAGUAUAAAGCAAACGGCCGAGGCCGGCAGAGAGGCCAUAAUCGUGUGAGACCGUCCUGAAUAGAUAUGGCAUACUACUGAAUUGAGCCUUCAACCGCGGCAGAAGAUCAUGGAUGUAGGCGUUCAAGUACUGAUUCGAGCUUGCAAUUGUGGCAGGUCAUGGAUAUAUACGUACGUAUUUUACUAUUGAAGUGAGGUUCCACCUGCGAAAGGCGGGUAUAGCUGUAAGUGUGUCGGUGCUGAUUGAGCUUCCCACUGCGGCAGACAGUCAUGAACAAGGGGAUUUCAGUACUGAAUUUAGGCACUUGCAACUCUCUGAAGCCUGGAAGGCGCGAUGGCAACUUGUGUAAAACGAGCCUCACCCGAGUCGUGAGCAGUACCUGUUCACCUACCCUCAGCGUUUCACAGUCUGCUCCAAGUCGAUCGAGUACUUAGUGUUUCUCAACGAUAUGUGGAUAAUGCAAGAAAACCAAUAUUACUACCGACGGGCAAAGCCGUGUAGCACUCCGAAUGCAUUACACCCGAAGCUGCCACUGUAACAAACACCUGGUUCCUUGGAUAGCAACAAGAAACCAGAAACCUGAAUAUUCGUUGCAAUCACUAUCGAAUACCUUACUCCGCCGAUAGAGCGGCAAGGACAAUAUGCACAACCAUCUCAGCGUGAAGCACAUCAUGUCACACUGAUUAAGCGUGCUGGGGAAAUCACGCACUCUAUACAGCUGUGCGACAAAGAAGCACCGAUCAUUGAACUGAUAUAAUACAUUGCCUUGUAUCCAGACUAACAGUUAUUAAAACCGCUCACAUGGUGGCUGUGUCACAGGUCGAAUGCCAUUCGCUUCAAAAACUGUGUCUUGUCCAUAUUUUGUUGCAUGUCUUUACUUCGCGAAAGCGAUCCGCACAAGCCAACAACAAGGCUAUUUCGGGCAUUGAACACUAGUCCUCGUGGGUUUCUCUGAGAUUCCUGAACUUGGUACCUGCAACUUAGUGUGAGCCAUAGGCACAAGGUAAACCCUCUAUUUUACAUUGUUUCAUAUAAAAUAGUAAGUGAAUGUAAACCAAGAAUAAAAUAAACAUAGA